UAAUGUCUGCAUCAAAGAUCUUUUAUUCACCAUCACGUUCGAAUGUUAAUGUAUCAAAUGUACAACCAUAUGGAGGUGAUAGAGCUCUUUCACCAAGCAGAGCAAAAAUAUCACAAUUAUCAGAAAAACUCUCCAAUCUCUAACAUUAGAUUGAUGAAGAUCAAGCUGUAAGAGUUUAUUGUUAAUCAUUAAGUUUAAAAAAGAGACUUUUGAAAGCAAGAUUAAAAUCUUAGAAGAUAGAGCAACUAAAUAAGCUUAAGGAGAUGAUUCUAAGUUCAAGUUGUUGAAAGAAUAAUUAUAAAAGGUUGAGGAGGGUGCAUAAAAUGAGAAAAUUAUUAGAGAAGUAUUAAUUGUUUAAGAAUUAGGCUGGAGAUGAGAAAUUAAGAUCAAAAGAUUUAAAGGGAUUAGAAGGAUUUUUGAAUAAAGAAUUAUAAUCAGAAAAAAUAAAUAGAAAAGAUUUUGAAGGAAAAAUAAUUAAGAAUACAGAUGAUAAGGUUUAUAGCUUAAAAUUGGAUUUGGCAAGAUAGAAGAAAUAUAGAGAAGAAACAGAAGAGAAGAAUGCUUAAGAGAUAGGAGAUCGUAUUUUGUAAUUAUAAGAAGAAGUAGAAGAGGAGAGAAGAUAAAGGUAUAAAUAUUAAUUAAAUUAUAAUAGAGAAUAAUAAAAUCAAAAUACAAUAAAGAGAUUAGGUGAUUCUAUUUUAAAAUUGUAAGAGAUUUUAACAACUGAAAAGAAAUAGAGAGAAUAAGCAUAAACUUAAAUGUUUAGAAUGUUAGAUGAAAUGAAUCAUUAUUUAAAUAGCGAAUUAACUAGUGAAAAGAAUGAAAGAGAAGCAACAGAAGAGAGUCUGAUUAAUUUGAUAGAUCAAACAUGCAAUAGAGUUGAAAAUUCAUUAAGAAAAUGAUAUCGUAUGU